CUGUUGCUAUCAAUAUGGCGGUUGUCAGCCAGACAAAGACAGUCAGUCUGAUGUGAUUGAGACAAGGGAGGUUUUCAGGGGGAGACUGGGAGAUAGGGGGCUCCCCUCCCCCCGCUGCUCUUCCUGCGCGGGCCUGGAGCCCUCCUCAGCCCCUCCCGCAGGGCGCCCCGCGGUGAAGAUCCCCUCCCCCUCCCGCCUUCCUCCUCCCUCCCUCAGCCUUGCUCUGGGACGCUGGGGAGGGGGCUGAGCCUGGUGCAGAGAACUCAGCUGGGCUUCCGAGUCUCCACCCCAAACUCCCGGCAGGAGGACUCUACCGAUGAUGUGUUGUGGAGAUGCAUCUUUGCCUCCUCAAGUCGGCAGCUAAAGGUGGGAAAGGAAGUGUCUCUUAAGAUUUUAUUCCGGAACCGUGUUUUGGUUACACUAUUGGGGCUACUUUGAAAGGAGUCCUCCGCCCACCUUCACCCCGAAACAAAUGGUAAAUAAGGCUGGCCGUCUCUGGAAAGGCCACUGAUCCGCCUCAUGUAAAGUAUGCUCAGUUCCUUCCCAGUGGUUUUGCUGGAAACCAUGUCUCACUAUACAGAUGAACCCAGAUUUACCAUAGAACAGAUAGAUCUGCUCCAACGUCUCCGGCGCACGGGGAUGACGAAACAUGAAAUUCUCCAUGCAUUAGAAACUUUGGACCGUCUUGAUCAAGAGCAUAGUGAUAAGUUUGGAAGGAGAUCCAGCUACGGGGGAAGCUCCUAUGGGAACAGUACCAACAAUGUUCCAGCAUCUUCCUCUACAAGCCACAGCUUCCACGCAAGACCCAGCACCGGAAUGUCCCCAUCGCCCAGCAACAGUUAUGAUACCUCCCCACAGCCUUGCACUACCAAUCAAAAUGGGAGGGAGAACAACGACCGAUUGUCCACAUCCAAUGGGAAGAUGUCGCCAUCUCGCUACCAUGCAAACAGCAUGGGUCAGAGGUCAUAUAGCUUUGAAGCCUCAGAAGAGGAUCUAGAUGUAGAUGAUAAAGUGGAGGAGUUAAUGAGGAGGGACAGCAGUGUGAUAAAAGAGGAAAUCAAAGCCUUUCUUGCCAAUCGGAGGAUUUCCCAAGCAGUUGUUGCACAGGUAACAGGUAUCAGUCAGAGCCGGAUCUCUCAUUGGCUGUUGCAGCAGGGGUCAGACCUGAGUGAACAGAAGAAAAGAGCAUUUUACCGAUGGUAUCAACUUGAGAAGACAAACCCUGGGGCUACGUUAAGUAUGAGACCAGCCCCUAUUCCAAUAGAGGAUCCUGAAUGGAGACAAACACCUCCUCCAGUCUCUGCCACACCUGGAACCUUCCGACUCCGGCGGGGGAGUAGAUUUACCUGGAGAAAGGAGUGCCUAGCUGUUAUGGAAAGUUACUUCAAUGAGAAUCAAUACCCAGAUGAAGCAAAGAGAGAAGAGAUUGCCAACGCUUGCAAUGCAGUCAUACAGAAGCCAGGCAAAAAGCUAUCCGACCUGGAACGAGUUACCUCUCUGAAAGUUUAUAAUUGGUUUGCUAAUAGACGGAAGGAGAUCAAGAGGAGAGCCAAUAUCGAAGCAGCAAUCCUGGAGAGUCAUGGGAUAGACGUACAGAGUCCGGGAGGCCACUCCAACAGCGAUGACGUGGACGGGAACGACUACUCCGAGCAGGACACUUGGCAAGCACGCAAUGGGGAGGAGGAGGAGGGAAGAAGUUCAGAGGGAGGCAGAGAAGCAGAGAAGGAUGACAGCACGAGCCAUAGUGACCACCAAGACCCCAUCUCACUAGCUGUGGAGAUGGCAGCCGUCAACCACACUAUCUUGGCAUUGGCCCGGCAGGGAGCCAAUGAGAUCAAGACAGAGGCCCUGGAUGAUGACUGAUCAGGGAGGAUCACACAGUUACUUAGUUUAGACGUAGCACCUUAGCAGACUUUCCUCGGUCCUUAACAUGUGUUCUUACAGUAUAACUUACAGUUUCUUGUAUGUCAGGUAGCCGUUAGGGUCUUGUUCUGUGAAGAUGGCAUGGUGCCCUCAGCCUUUGCAUAUACUCUCUCAGUAUUAAAAUCCCAGUAAGUAAUAACCAACCAACCAGACGUCCCUCUCCCAGCCCCUGAGGCUAAAGAAAUCUUGCUGCUCCGUCUUAGCAUUCCAAGAAAGUGCUUCCAGGUAUAUAGAUAACCCUCAGUUCUCAAAUAGUAGGCUCUGUGUAAAAUCUUGGGUACCUUUAGAUUCAUGUAACACUAGGCUGUACCCUGUUCCUGCCCCAAAGCUGACAGGAUGCAAGCUGAGGUAGUGGCACAGGACCAACAGACACCAUCCGGGAAGUAUCCACGGAGCGCAAGGAACACUAGAGCCCCGCCUCAGCCGGAGAGUCAUUGAUUUCAGCUGCAAUAAGCCGUGCCUCCUAGUCACAGCGUGACUAGACUAUACUUAUUUGGGUGCUGUGCUAAGAACGUCAUUGGAAUCCCGAGCUCAGACCUUGGUUAGUGUUAAUAUGGCCAACACAGACAUCCUUUCCUCUCACAAGCUGUGUGACUUAGUAGAUAACAUACUGCCUUCUGCCUUUGGGACCACGAGCCUAAAACGAAAAGGACAAAAACACCAAGUUCUGAAAAGCAGAACCCAGCUUGAGAUCAUAGGGGAAAGCGUGAGCUGACUGUCGGGUGAUGCUAAGCCCAGUUCUCAGAGCCGCUAUACAUUCCACAGCGUGGUGCCAGCCUGCCUGGGAGAGUGCUGGAGAUACCAUGCAAGUCCUUUGUCUUCUCCUGGUGCCCCUCCCUGCUACCAAACAAGUCUCUGAGGAUAGAGCUGAGGUCAAGUGAGUGAAAGGUCAGGCUUUGUACCCAUCACCUGACUAGCUAGGGGCAGAAAAGCGGGGGACAUUUACCACUUAUAUCCCGAGUGUGGGACACAGCAGGAUGUGUCUGCUCUGCUCCCAUUACUCUGUCCUUGUGGAGGUGUGAAAGCUAUAUUGCUAUAGGCAAUUUAUUUAAUAAUUGGAAGCCAUAUUGAUAAUGGAUGUGGUAAUAUUUGUAGUUUAAUCUACUUUAAACGGCAGUAACUAAUGGAAUUUUUUUCCUUGAUCACAUAUGUAGCACUUUUGUUACUUUUUAAAGAUAUUUAUAUUUGAUAAAUCUUUUUUUCAUUUUGAGAACUCAAAAUACCAAACAGUGAACUUAUGUUAUAAAGUCACCCUGUGAUCACCUUGUCAUCUAGUAGCAAAAUGAUGAACUAUUCAUGCAUCAAAGGAAAUUACAUCUGCUGGUCUUGUAUGAAAAUGAUCCUUGCAACCUGAUUAAAUGACACGCUGUCACUGUGGGCAAGAAGAAGCAGCCUUCAGUGUGUCGGCACAGUGUGUGUCUGAGCGAGGCUAAGUGUUUUCUGCCUCAUCCCGUCUCUCCUCUGUGUGUCCGACAAAGCCUUGUUUGGCGGGCAGUGUGGAGUGGGCCAUUAGGCAGGGCUUCCGUCUUUUUGUCCAUUACCUGAACCAGUUUCUAAGAAAGCAGGUA